AUAGAGCCUAGGAUGGGUAGUAAUCUUAAAGUGAAUGUUAGGGGGGUGCUAGAUCUGGGGAGGGAUGGGGCCUUCUUGUUAUUAUGGGUAAUCGCUCCGUCUGUUUAGGAAAGGAAAACCAGGUUGUGUCAAAUGAUCUUGGACCCACCCGGGUAAAUGGGGAUUCUCCUGAGAAGUGUUUGGCUUUGAGUUGUAAGGGAUGUCUAGUGUCAAUCCUAGAGGUGUUUGGCUUUGAGUUUAAGGAAUGUCCAAUGUCAAUCCUAGAGGUUGAACCAAAAUUGUCUUCUAGUGAGCUGCCCUUGUGUUUUGAUAAUGGAAAUGCCAUGACUAAUUUUUCUCCAGGAAAUUUACAUGUUGUAUCUAAUAGGGCUAUUGCAUGUUAUGAGGGAGAUGGGACUGGGUCGAGUCUAGGGGUGGGUGAGAAGUGUGGAGGUAGCUCCACAGGUAAGGAUAGGAGUGUUUUAUCUGAUGAGAAAAAUUGGUAAUUCUCAAAAAAAAUUUAAGAAAUAUGGAUUUGCCGUUAGUAAAGGGGUCCGUUAAUUAAGAAACUUGCACUUCGGGCGUAAAAUAUGAGGCAGAAUUAGUUUUGUUAUGAAGAUUGCUAGUUGAAACAUUAGGGGGCUAAGAUCUCAUAGUAAAGAUGUUCAAUUAAAGUUCUUGUGAAAAGUGGGCAGGAUAUUGUCAUAUUACAUGAAUCCAAAAUGGAAAACAUUGAUAGAAGAGUGAUUAAGGAUGUGUGGGGGUCUAGGUAUAAAAAUUAGGGUUG